GUCCUGGGUUUUGCAGCGUUGUGGUCGGUGGUCAGCGGCGCUCUUGCCCCGGUUCCGCGAGGCUUUUCUCUGCUGUCGCUGCAGUUGUCGCCGCAGCAGCCUGCUCUGCGGGAUCAUGGUGUGCUUCCGCCUCGCCCCGGUUACGGGCUCCGGGCUCCUUCUGCUCUGCCUCGUCCUGGGAGCUGUCUCGUCUUAUGCAUUGGAACUUAAUUUGACAGAUUCAGAAAACGCCACUUGCCUUUAUGCAAAAUGGCAGAUGAAUUUCACAAUACACUAUGAGACCACAGACAAACAUAAUAAAACUGUAACCAUUUCAGACCUUGGUGCUGCAAAGUACAGUGGAAGCUCUUGUGGGGAUGACCAGAAUGGUCCCAAAAUUGCAGUGCAGUUUGGAUCUGGUUUUUCCUGGAUUGUGAAUUUUACAGAAGAGGAGACGUCUUCUUAUUCAAUCGACAGCAUCUCAUUUUCCUACGACACUAAUGAUAGCACAACAUUUCCUGAUGCGAAAGAAAAAGGAGUUUUUACUGUUUCUGACCGUUUGGCAUUCAAAGUUCCAUUGAAUGACAUCUUUAGAUGCAAUAGUUUAUUAACCUUAGGAAAGAAUGAUGUUGUCCAGCACUAUUGGGAUGUUCACGUACAAGCUUUUGUCCAAAAUGGCACAGUGAGCACAAAAGAGUUUUUGUGUGAUAAAGAUAAAACUUCAACCACAGUGGUGCCCAUCGUUCCCACCACUGUGCCAUCUCCUACUACAACACCCUCUCCAAAGGAAAAGCCAGAGGUUGGAUCCUAUUCAGUUGUAAAUAGCAAUGGGACGUGUCUUCUGGCUACCAUGGGGCUGCAGCUGAACGUUACUCAUGAUAAGGUUGCUUCGGUUAUUAACAUCAAUCCCAACACAACCAACUUCACUGGCAGCUGCCAUCCUCAAACUGCUCUACUUAGGCUGAGCAGCAGCAGCAUCAAGUAUCUGGACUUUGUCUUUGCUGUGAAAAAUGAAAACCGAUUCUAUCUAAAGGAGGUGAAUGUCAGCAUGUAUUUGGUUAACGGCUCUGUUUUUAGCAUUGCAAAUAACAAUCUCAGCUACUGGGAUGCCCCCCUGGGAAGUUCUUAUAUGUGCAACAAAGAGCAGACUGUUUCAGUGUCUGGAGCAUUUCAGAUAAAUACCUUUGAUCUAAGGGUUCAGCCUUUCAAUGUGAUGGAAGGAAAGUAUUCUACAGCUCAAGACUGCAGUGCAGAUGACGACAGCUUCCUUGUGCCCAUAGCGGUGGGAGCAGCCUUGGCAGGAGUGCUUAUUCUAGUGUUGCUGGCUUACUUUAUUGGUCUCAAGCGCCAUCAUGCUGGAUAUGAGCAAUUUUAGAACCUGCAGUCUGAUUGAUUAUAUAAAAAUACAUGCACAUAACAAGAUUUUCUUCCCUUUCAGUUUUGAAAUACUUUGUUCUUUAAGAUUGAUAUAUUGAAACUUUACUUCUUAAAUCAGUCCCAGCAUUUUGAGAUAAUUCUUUAUUGAUAAAAACUGUUAAUAGAACAGCAUAAAAUUUUUAAAAAAAUGUUGUAUUUACUGGUCCUGAAGACAAACUUGUUGAAAAGAACAUCGGUGUGUGGUGUUUUAAGGUCUAUCUUAAGAAGCCUUGGCCAAAUUUUGAUUCUAACCCAAGAUGCCUUAAACUUAUUAACAUGGCCAUUAUAAAGAUAAAAUAUGUAGUUGUCUCCUAAUGGAAUUAAUAAAUAUUGUUUCACUACCGGUGUUCUGUUUCAGUGUAUAAGAAUUAUCCUGAUUUAAGCUCAUCACAGUGCCUUUGCAUAUAGUUCAUUAAAUAAAUGUUGAUGUGGCAUAAAUGCCCAUCAGAUGCUUAAACUUGGUUUUCAGUUGAAUGUCCUCAGGACCAUCAGCAUUUUUUAGGUUAUGUGACUUUCUUUGAAGAUGAAGUCAGUAUCUUUGGCUUGUGACUUUUCCCUAGGUAAAAAACAGACCCAAGAGGCUGCAACAGAGCUUCAACUGGCUUCAGAAUUAGAGUUUUCAAAAAACUUUCUUUUUCAGCAAUAAUAGACAGAAAGGAUUCAAGCAUAUUUAACCACUUGCCUUUUUUAAAAUGUUUUUCUCUUCCUUGGAUGCCUGAUUAGCAUUGCAAGAUAGAAAUAUUCUAUGAACUAAUUAGGAGAGAUUGUGUUGUGUUUCUCUACCUCAUCUUGUUGGUCUCUAGAGCAUUAAAAUCUAUUUAGUGUUGUCAUCAGACUGGUACUUAUGAGCUGUAAGCAGCAGCAAUCUCAGAAGGGAGGCAGCGAAGCAAAGCAGCAACUCGGCUCCUGCCUUUUCCAAGACGGCCCCUGUGGGGCAGAGCAUAGAUGGGGUGUAGACAGAAGCUGUUGGCAUGAAAAUGAGCUAGAUAAUCAGCCCCUGUUGAAGCACGCUCCAUGUUAGAAGUGCAGCACAGAUAUUGAAUGUAUAGACAAAUAAGAAGGAAGCUUAAUCAGUAGACUCGAGAAUUUCACAUGGAAGUGAUUAUUUUAUUAAUUCAUUCUGUGUAUAUAUUGGCAUGUUCAGAAUUUUUGUAAUUCACUGAUUACAGCAUUUUGGUACCCAGCUAUCAGUCUCUGAAGGCUUUCAGUAAAAUAUAGUAAAUCUUUUUAAUAAAAGCUAAUGUCAUUACUAAAAUCUGUUCUAUAUACUCAGAACCUCAGCAGCAUUUUUUUAUGAAUGACAAAAGUGCAAGAGGAGGAAAAGAUAAAAUUAGAGGAAAAAUGCAAGUUAUUAUUCAAUCAUAAAUCACACCAAGUAUCACAUUUUGUUAAUUGCAUUAGACUUAUACUGGCAAGGACCUUAAAGAUUCCUUACUAUAACCCCAUAAUUUUUUCAGAAAGAGGAGUGACUUCACUGAGGUUACAUAUCUAGCAGGCAACAAAACCAUUAUUAGCGUUUUGAUUAAAAAUUGUCCCAAUGAAGUCUAGUCACUCAAUAGUAAGACUAGUUUAAACUUGAAACUGUGAGAUCAGAACUGGGCACUUUGAGUUUCUGUACUAACUAAUUUCAAUAAAUGACACAUGAUACCAACUUUGUUUGCUUAAGUAUUUUUAAAAGUACUGAAUAUUGGCUUUUUCAGUGGCUCCUAUUUUGACCUCUGUUUGCUACUUCAAAGCCUAAACCUCCUUGGAUGGGAUCACAAACAUGGGAGGAAAAGAGAAGGGAAUGAACACUUGUUGACCUCCUGAUGUGUAUCAUAUACUUUAGAAAUAUCAUUUAAUCCUCAGAUACCUUAUAAUAUAGGUAUUCUUAUCCCCCUUUUACAGAUGAGGAAAGUGAGGCCCAGUUUAAAUUACUUGACCAAGGUCCUUUAGCUAGUAAUUGAAGGAAUCAAGAUUCAAACUCAGUUCUGUCUCAGUCCAGAGCUCAGAAUCUACAUUGCAUGUGCACACCGCCUUCCUGGUGGUCCAGUGGAGUGGACUACAAUGUCCAUUGGACUCUGCUAUUAUUCUUCCAGGCCACUGCUCAGCUAAAAUUACAUAUAACCUGAUAGCUACCUAAUGCUUGUAUGAAAAAAAUUAUACAGCAUUUUCUUGAUCAUGAGUCCUUUUUAACUUAGAUGUUAUUACUCAUACAGAAUUCUUAUUUAUAUUUUCACGAUAGCUGUGGCAGGGGAGAAAGGGAGUGGGGAAAUACGCAGGUAGCGGUUUUAAGUGAAGAUUCCUGCAGUGCCGCUCUUUCCCCGCAGUGCCAUUAGACAAUUCAACAUAAAAUCUUCCCAUAUUAGGCAAGCACAAUUCUUUGUUUUGGACCCUUUCCCGUUCUUCCCUUAACUUCUGCUUUUUGUACUGAGGAAUUAGGUGUGAUUUGAGAUGAAGUGACAGUGAGAGAUACAGGAGGAUCGGUUGCUUGGAAAUACUUGGGUGGACAUAGUGAAAAUAAGAAAAUAAGGGUAAUGCUGUAAAAGACUAACCUAUGUACUCUUUCAAAAUGCUUGUUUCUUGUUUUCUUGUUUCUGCUUAAUUGCAUUCCUUACUAAUUUCCUUUCCUUGCUUUCUGUCUGUUCUCUUCUAACAGCUGAAGAAUGUUCUGCUGACUCUGACCUCAACUUUCUUAUUCCUGUUGCAGUGGGUGUGGCCUUGGGCUUCCUUAUAAUUGUUGUCUUUAUCUCUUAUAUGAUUGGAAGAAGGAAAAGUCGUACUGGUUAUCAGUCUGUGUAAUCAAUUAAAUCUAGUGCUUUUUGGGGUUUUUUUGCCAUCAGAAGUUAUGUUUUCCAUUGGCUAAAGAGCCAGGAAAUGCUGUGCAAUUGAUUGUUUGAGAUAUGCAGAUUAACCUCAGUGAGUUGCUAGCUAACUUGGGCAUGAGUAGCACUAUUAGGACCAAUUUCUUCUUUUUUUUCCUAUUUUUUUCUUCCUUUGUAAAAGUGUAAUUGAAAGAAAAAUUGUGGCUUAGAAUAUUUUUUUUUUAGUGAAUAAUGAUUCUAAGCCUCUGGAUCCAAUUACGAAAGCAUUUCUACUGAAGUAUAAUUUUAUAUGUUGCAGUUACUUGUAUUUUGCCUCUUUGACAUUAUUUGCAAAAUCAAAGCUGUUAGAGAAUUUAACUUGCUUCAGGAAAUAAAUUCAAGAACAUAGUGAAUUCGUUUUCAUUGGUGGCAAACAUAAAAUUUGGUUUGUAAUAAGACUUAGAUUCCCCACCGCCUAAACAAGAUUAUUUAAAUUCUGAUUUAAUUUUCCUGCUAGUUAAAAAGAAAGAAAGAAAGGAAUGUCUUCAUAAUAUUGUAUUUAAUAGCAAAAGUCUGGCUGUUUUCUUAAUUACUGUUAGUGGCUACUAUAUUUUAACAAGGAUGUCGCAACUAAGACUCGGUGCAGCCAAAAUAAAUAAAUAAAUAUUUUUUAAAAACCCCAAACAAACAGGGAUGUCUUUUUUUUUUUCCUACUGGAGUUUGGAAUAUAUUGAUUACCUCAGACUUGCCAUUUAUGCUGAAGGUUGAAGUAAGAUCUAUGGCGGUUUUUUUUUAAGGUGUUGAUAUAGAAAGGGUUAUUUUUUUUUAGAGUUAUGAUUUAGAAUUUUUUUUUCCCUUAGAGCCUUAACUUGUUCACAAAGUUAAUUCAUCCUCCACUAAAAAAACAAAACAAAGCUUCUCUAUUUUGUGUGCCUCCUGUACUCUCUCAUCCCCUGUAUGAAUAAGUUCUAAUUGAUAGUUUUAAUGUAUUGGUUUCUUUUUUCUCACAGCAGCAUGUGCUAACUCUAGAGGCUAGUGGGCCCUGAAGUAUCAUCAGUCAGAUGGCUGCCUGGCCAGAGCUGGACCAGGAUUAUUCUGUAAAUUUGUUGAUCUUGAUACAGACUUAUAUCCCUGUAGGGACCUCUAAUGGCUCUGGCUACUGGAGUAAGGUACUAGAGGCCACUCCUCCCAGUGUCUGCUUGAUUGGCUAGGCUAUUGAAUUGUCCUUUGAUUUGGAAGCACACUGUUGUAUUUCUCUAGUGUCCAAAUGGCUGCUUUGCACUCCUGUUAUUAGCAUAAGGCAGAUGUUUAUUUUAUCAAGCUAUUUUAUCUCUAUAUAACUAAAAAACAAAAGUUUUCCAAAGAUCUGCCUUCACUUUAAAAAUGGUCCUUGGAUUGGGACUUCCCCUGGUGGCGCAGUGGUUAAGAAUCCGCCUGCCAAUGCAGGGGACAUGGGUUCGAGCCCUGGUCCGGGAAGAUCCCACAUGCCGCGGAGCAACUAAGCCCGUGGGCCACAACUACUGAGACUGCGCUCUAGAGCCUGCGAGCCACAACUACUGAAGCCCAUGUGCUUAGAGCCUGUGCUCCACAACAAGUGAAGCCACCACACCUCAAGAAGAGUAGCCCCCACUCGCCGCAACUAGAGAAAGCCUGUGCGCAGCAACAAAGACCCAACACAGCCAAAAAUAAAUAAUUUUAAAAUGUUCCUUGGAUUAAAAAAUUAAGCCUAAACCUUAAAUAAAGUUAGUUAUUACAUUCAAGGAUUAGGUCCCCAUCUACCUCUUAGCACAAUGCAGAUGCUCACCACUGUAUUGCUGCCAUUAACUGAUGCCAGAACUCUCUGCCAAUAAAUGAAAUUGGAAAAUUUUGUUUUUUAAAAAAAAAAGAAAAUUCAUCAACAUCUUUCUUUACUCUCUUUAUAUAUAGUGCAUCUCAAAAGCAUAUAUUCCAAACUGGAGUAGAACUAGAUUGCUCAACUACAUUUCCCUUAGAACUCUCUGGUUCUGACUUGUAGACUCAAGCUCUCCUCUGUUUGCUAAGUAUAUAAAGAAUGUUUCCUUUUAAAAUGUUCUUCUUUGAAAACAAUUGCUUAUUUGUUAUUUGGUCAAAAUGAUGGCAUCAUAAAGAACAGUGGCUUCGUUUCAAAAAAUAUUUUUGAGAUGAUUGUCUAAAAGCCAGAUUAUUUAAAUCAGCUUGUGACCUUGCUAGGUAUAUGGAUUGGAAAAUUCAGAUACAUUCAAAAUUAUGGGUUCAUUUAAAAGUUUUCUACUUGUUGGGGUAGGAGACUAACAUCACUAAUUCUUCAUUGGGUAUCAUGGUUUUAUCUUAGAUAAUUAGCAAACAUGUUUUAAUUCUUCUUUGAGAAUUAAGAUUAAUUGAAAUAUAAAAUAUUAACAGAGGGUUCAAACAAUAACUGCUUCAACUCCAAUAAAAUACAGGAAGCCCAAAAUCUAUGAACUGAGUGUUCAAUAAGCUUUGCUCACUGAGUUCAUUUUUAUGUCAGUACAACAGGGGGGUCAAAUAGUAGGACUUUGAACUCAUAAAUAUAAAGAAUUGUUUUUACCUAAGCUUCUUUGGAAGAACUGAUGCCUGCUGCUACCUAAAGUUUUGUAUAUAUCAAUAUAGUAACCUAAUUA